AAUUAUUAUUAUGUGAUGCCUAUUCAACGUACCCUCCCUUUUUUCCUCCAUCAUCUUCUUCUUCUUCUUCCUCUUCUCUCUCUCUCCAUCUCGAGAUCAAAAACUCUUGCUUCUGAUUCUCUUCAUUCAUGGCUUCAGAGAAGAGUUUCAAGAAGAGAAAGAUCACCGAUGAUGUAGACGGAGGAGGAGGAGGAGGACUAGAAUCCCUUCCCGGAGAUAUCAUCGCCGACAUAUUCUCUCGGUUACCAAUCUCCUCCAUAGCUCGGCUUAUGUUCGUUUGCAGAUCUUGGAGAUCAAUUUUGACUCAACACGGUCGUGUCUCUUCUUCUUCUUCCCCGACAAAGCCAUGUCUUCUCCUUCACUGCGAUUCCCCAAUACGCAACGGUCUUCACUUCCUCGACUUAUCAGAAGAAGAGAAACGCAUCAAGACCAAGAAAUUCACAUUAAGAUUCGAAUCUUCCAUGCCGGAGUUCGACGUGGUAGGCUCUUGUAACGGUUUGCUCUGUUUGUCUGAUUCUCUCUACAACGAUUCACUCUACCUCUACAAUCCUUUUACUACAAACUCCUUAGAGCUCCCCGAAUGUUCCAACAAGUACCACGACCAAGAACUUGUGUUCGGUUUCGGAUUCCAUGAGAUGACAAAAGACUACAAAGUGUUGAAGAUAGUUUACUUCAGAGGUAGUAGUAGUAGCAAUAAUGGUAUUUACAGAGGUCGUGGUAGAAUCCAGUACAAGCAAUCAGAGGUUCAGAUCUUAACCUUGUCAUCAAAAACAACAGAUCAAUCUUUGUCUUGGAGAAGCUUAGGCAAAGCUCCUUAUAAGUUUAUGAAACGUUCGUCGGAGGCUUUGGUCAACGGGAGGUUACAUUUUGUGACAAGGCCUCGUAGGCACGUGCCGGAUCGUAAGUUUGUGUCAUUUGAUCUUGAAGAUGAAGAGUUUAAAGAAAUUCCUAAACCAGACUGCGGUGGGCUAAACCGGACAAACCAUAGACUAGUGAACCUUAAAGGGUGUCUUUGUGCGGUCGUUUAUGGUAACUAUGGAAAAUUAGACAUAUGGGUGAUGGAGACUUAUGGAGUCAAAGAAUCAUGGGGAAAAGAGUAUAGCAUUGGGACUUACUUGCCAAAGGGGCUAAAGCAGAAUCUGGACCGACCCAUGUGGAUUUGGAAGAACGCUGAGAAUGGUAAAGUGGUUCGGGUUUUAUGUUUGUUGGAGAAUGGAGAGAUCUUGUUGGAGUAUAAGAGUAGGGUUCUUGUGGCAUAUGAUCCAAAAUUGGGUAAAUUUAAAGAUCUUCUUUUCCAUGGUUUGCCUAAUUGGUUUCACACUGUUGUUCAUGUUGGAACAUUGUCUUGGGUUGAUACACCCCUUGAUUUAUGGUAAAUUAAAUAAAGUUUUCAAAUUUUAUUACAUUUAGAGUUUUGAGAAAUGGGUACGUCUUCUGUUGCUGCUGCUACAUCUUCUUGCCCCCUUUCCAUACCAACUAAGUUCAUUCUUUUUUUAAUGGGUAGAUUAAGUUGUAUUUCUUUUCGAGUUCUUAAUUGUUUCGUUUCUGUUCAAUUUAUGGGUUCUUUUUCAUGCCAUCUGGUUAAAUGUAAAUAAUAUUUUUUUAAAUAUAGCGGUAAAUGUUUCCACGA